AUGGCCGAAAUGGCCGUGACUGUUGUGGCCGCCAACAGCACCCUCCGGACGUGCUCCGGCGUGUCUCCAACGGCGCCCGGCGGCCGCCGUGCUGCGGUUCUUGGUCGCUGGCGGCCUCUUGCGCCAGCCAACUUGAGAUUGUCCUCUCCAGCUGUGAGGGUUCCAAGGGCUACUUCUGCUGCGGCGGUUGAGGAUUGGAGCAACACUGAUAUAGUCCCUAUCCCGAAAGUUAUAAUAGAUCAAGACUCAGAUCCGGAUGCAACUAUUGUAGAAAUAACCUUGGGCGAUCGUCUUGGCGAGCUCCUUGAUACGAUGAAUGCCCUAAAGAACUUGGGGCUAAAUGUCGUUAAAGCUAGUGUCUGUCUCGAUUCUACUGGCAAGCAUAACAAGUUUUCUAUAACUAAAGCGUCCACUGGCCGUAAAAUUGAUGAUCCAGAGUUAUUAGAAGCAAUUCGACUGACGAUCAUUAACAACAUGAUAGUGUAUCAUCCGGAGUCCAGCAGUCAAUUGGCUAUGGGAGCAACUUUUGGGCCAGAAGCCCCUACAGAAGAGGUUGAUGUGGACAUAGCAACCCACAUAGAUAUCUAUGAUGGCCCUGAAAGAAGCUUACUUGUGGUGGAAACAGCGGAUCGUCCAGGGUUGCUUGUUGACCUUGUUAAGAUCAUCUCAGACAUCAACAUCAAUGUCCAAUCUGGAGAGUUUGAUACUGAGGGGCUACUGGCUAAAGCAAAAUUCCAUGUCAGCUACAGGGGCAAACCACUGAUGGAGGCUUUAAAACAGGUUCUUUCUAAUAGCUUGCGCUAUUUCUUGAGGCGGCCGACAACAGAGGACGCCAGCUUCUAG